CCAGGAAUGGCCUCGGUCUACAUGUCUCGGUCGAGGGAGACCUCUUUGGUGCUGCAAAAGAGCUUGGCUAGGCCUGCCGACGUGCUAGCUGGCAUGAAGCUUUUCUCUGGCUUGAACCCCACCUUCAUUCGAUCCUUAGCCAACAUUACGGAGCGGAAGAUGAACUUCUUGGGCGAUGUUUUCAAGGAAGAAGGAAGCACUGAUCGAACGUUGCGACUGCUAGAAUUCGGCAAAGUCCGAGUGGAGACUGCACAAAAAGGAUAUGUUGGAAUGACCGAUGCUGGCACCGUGAUGGGAGAAUACAUGUUCCUGGGAUUACGCACUACCUCCCAGGCUACGUUCAGGGUUGCUACGCCCCUAGUCGUGAUGCUAUGGAUUUCGCAUCAUUCCUUUGAGAACAUUCUUUCUGAUGGAUAUCCUUCUGAAGCAGCAUACUUUCGCAGCCUCGAAAAGACUGACCGUGGCAGGGAGGACAUGAGCCACUAUGCAACGGAUUUGAAGCUUUUUCAUGGCUGUGGCCGCAGCUUUAUUGAAACAAUAAGUGCGGGCAUUUGCCGGCGUUCUUACAAGCCGGGCCAGACAAUCGUGAUUCAGAAGGCGAUCGACACAGGAUCGCUUUUUCUGGUAACCACAGGGAAGGCAUCUGCUAUGAUCGAUGGCAAGGUUGUUGAGGAGCUGUCUCCUGGAGGCGUUUUCGGUGAGCUCACACUCUUGGGGCUUGUGCUCUUGAGGGUAGCAACUGUCGUGGCUGCCACAUACUGCAGCUGCUUGGAGAUGCCACGGCAUAAGUUCCUUGAGGCCUUGGAUAAGCACCCAGAGGAGACGGACCAUUUCGAGCAGCUGACCCGCCUUCAUGCCAGCAAACUUGCCACAGAGCAGGGGACAUGGCGCUUUCUUUCCAAGGCUUCGGAACGACUGCUCUACUACAUCAACCUCCAUUCAACUCGUGAAAGCACUCGGCCUCGUGAAUGGGCUUCUCGAGCGGGAGUUCCCCUGUCAACUUCUGAAAUGGCUUACUUGCUCGUGUCAGGUGAAGUUUAUGUAACAGAAGAGAACGGGCAUCGAACCUUGAUGCCGGAAGGAAGCUGUUUUGGUGAGCAUAUUCUGAUUGGCCUUGCGCCAGGAAUUGCCUCCAUCGAGCCCAAAACAGCUUGUGAAGUGCAGAUGGUGAGCCGGAAUGUCUUUGAGAAGGUCAUGGCGGAGUGCCCUGACGAGCGGGAGACGACGGUUCAAGGCAUCCUGGAUGAAAUGGCCAUCAAAGCAGAGCAGAAGCUUGGAAUCCAGCGAGGUCAUCCCGACCUCUUGCUUUGCAGUGCGCUAUUCAGAGCAGCGAAUCCAGACUUCAUGAAGUUGAUGCGUCCCAAAAUGUAUGCAAUGCUCUUCAAGGCUGGAGAUUGGAUCACCCGAGAGCGCGAUUAUGCCAACCACAUGUUCAUCGUUGUCCGGGGAAGCGCAGCUGUGAAGGAUGGCAACGACACGGUGCUUCGCUUUAAAGCAGGAGCUGGUAUUUCGGAAGCAUCACUUUUGGGGGCAUGUACCUUCCAUCCGUACGUAGUGAAGGCUGAAAAUCUGUGUUUGAUUCUGGCACUGUCCCGCGAUGAUUUCAACGAAGUGCUGGAAGAUUUCCCUACGGAGAGGGAAUUGUUUCAACGUUUAGAUGCUGAUUCUGAGGACAUUCUUCGCAGACUCCCUCGAGUCCUCAAGAUCCAGCAUCCGUUGUUUGCUUCGUCCAGUAUAGAGUUCUUGAAGGUUGCCUGCGAAUUUGCAGACGAGGUAUAUUACGCCCCUGGUGAAGAAAUCAUUGCAUAUGGAGAGAGUUGCAGCCUGGGGAAGACAGUCAUGUACUUGCUUGUAGCUGGCAACGCCUCUGUGAUUCUUGCACAUGGAGACGAAGUUGCCCAAAUCAAGUCAGGUGCCCUGGUUGGAGAAGGCGGUGCACUUGGCAUUGCCAACAAGAGAUCCACGAAAAUUGGUGCCUGGAAGGCUGGAAUGGUUCGUCUCAUCCGAUUGCAAGGCUUAUCCAUUGGAAAGGCAGUGCAGAGAUGUCCGGAGGAUUGCAAGGCAUUGGAACUCCAAUUCCAACAACGUUCCCAGAAGAAUGCUGCAGCGGAGGCAAUCAGGAAAGAGUGGAUUGCCAAAUCUGUGAUUCCUUUGUUGAAGGGGUGCCAAAUCUUAAACGGAUUCUCCACCAAGCUGGUCUCCAAGAUUGCGGCCCCACUGCUGAAGACCUCGUUUGCAGCUGGACAGGAUAUGUUUGUGGCCGGUGAUUCAGCUGACUCAAUGAUUGUGAUUGUUGACGGUGAAGCCGAAGCCAGAUGCAAACAAGGAAAGGUGG